AUGUCAUAUUCAUCUUUUCGCAUUGCCCUCUUAUCUCUUUAUGUUCUACUUGUUUCUGUGGACAGUUCUUUGAAUACACUUGUAUCAGGACCACAUGUUCCUUUCCUUGUGGAUAACGUACAACCACAUCGUAACCAUUUAAUGAAUAAAAAUAUAAUUCAAGCAGCACAAAUACAACCAAAUCAUCAUCAUCAUUAUUUAACAAACGAAAAAACACGACAUUAUCCGGUACAUAAUCAUCUAUUAUCUGAUAAGUCGCCAAUUCAAGCAAUACCGCAGCCACAUCGUCAUAUAAUACGCGAACCUUACCGGUAUCCUCACUCUUCCCAUCAACAUCACACAUCAUCACGAUCUGAACCUAUAUUUCCAUGGUCACGAACAUAUGCUCAAUGUGAAGCGUUACAAUUAAACGGUCCCUUAUCACCAAUUUCAUGUGAAAAACUAUUGAAAAACCAACAUAGAUUAUCUCCACUUCGUUCGAUGCUUCUUACAUCGGUAUGUGCAAGAAUUCUGGGUGCAAGCGAUAUUUCUACAUUUAAUGAAAUGAUUAGGGCAUUGGCACUUCAAAUUUCAACGCUAAAUUCUGAAAAUCAGGAGCCACAGUCCACUACUAUUGAGGUUACUAUAUCUACAACUUCCGAUACAGAUCAAAAAGUUGAUGCACCAUCGAACGAAUUGCUAUUGUCUGAAGCGCAUAAUGAGCCAGAAACCGGAUCAGACGGUGAUAUUCAGAAUAAUGAUGCUGAAAGUUCACAGGCUUUGAUUCCUUUAUUAUCAGAAAUCAAACAUGACGCACCUAUUGUACCAGAACUCCAAAAAAUACAAAGACCAAACCGCAAAUCUACACCUUCCCGAAUAAACCCAAAUUAUUAUAUCGAACCUUUACCCGAAUCGGCUUUAAAUGCUUUCGAUACUUCAAUAUGGCCAAGUAUUCAAGAACCACAACAAUAUCUUUCGUUUAUAACUUUUCUUCAACAACCUAUAUCAAGUACGCUUUUUGGAUCUUUAAUCACCGUGUUUGGCAUUUUAUUGAUGCUUAGUGUUGUAUUCCAAUUAUUUGUAAAUUUCGUUAAAAAAAAGUUGGCUACUUAG